CUCAGUAAAUAAAUAUUCGAAAUAUCAAUGAUUUAAUAUAAUUCUGUAGUCUCAUAAGUAAGAUAAUAAAUAUGUUCCAUAUAUACUAUUGGUGGCUAUAAACUAAACUGCUUUUCACAAUCCACACGUAUCUGGCUCAGCGGUGGCAUCGCCGCGUGCAUCGCAUUCCUUUGUUGUUGUUGCAUACCAAGGUAGAUCGGGAUUCCUUGUGUUUUUUUCUUUUUCUCCACAAAUAAUAAAACAUCAGAAGAAACAAAAAAAUUGAAAAAGAAAAAAAAAAUCCUUAUCUUCACUGCAAUCUUUCAUAAGCCAAAGGAGUCUUUUUUUUUUUUUUGUUGGUUCUUAUUCUUUAGAUUUGCGAGAUGAAGAAGGAUGAGGAGACUGGGCCGGACCGCGGGUUCGAGUUUGAGACCGACGACGAGGAGAACCAGGCACAGCACGACGAGGGAUCCGACUACUCGCGGUCGUCGUCGGCAUCCGCCUCGGCCUCCUCGGCGCAUUCCUCCGACUACGGUGGCAAUGAGGGUGUGCCCAGCUCUUACCAGCCCUCAUGGCCGCAGAGCUACAGGCAAUCAAUUGAUAUGUUGAGUGCGGUGCCGUCGCCGAGGAUGGGCAACAUCUUGGCGGCGGGGUCGAGCCUGAUGCAGGUGGGCGGGUCACUCUCGUUCCUGCGCGCGGGCUCGAUCACGUUGCCUCCUCCAGAGGACGCACCGGCCACCGCCUCCCUCCUCGCAAAGCCUCCUCUCAUCGUCUCCUCCCCCUCCGCUCACGCCGACGCUGACGCCGCCUCCUACGCCCCUCUCCCUCCCUCAACCAUCACCCCCAAAGCCUCCUUCCUCAAAUCCUCCUACUGCGAAUUGCCACCCUCACCGCAGUGCUCCACUGCUCAAGCCAUCAUCAACGGAAUCAAUGUUCUUUGUGGAGUGGGAAUUCUCACUACCCCUUAUGCAAUCAAAGAAGGUGGAUGGUUGGGCAUGCUCUUACUGUUUGCGCUCGGCGGCAUCUCCUGUUACACCGGAAUCUUGCUAAAGAAAUGCUUGGAUAGCUCUCCAGGAUUAGUGACUUAUCCCGACAUCGGACAGGCCGCUUUCGGAAUAACUGGCAGAUUAUGCAUAUCUAUUGUGCUUUACCUAGAGCUUUAUGCCUGUUGUGUGGAGUACAUUACUCUGGUGAGUGAUAGCUUGACGUCGAUAUUCCCCGACGCCCAUGUAAAUUUCAUGGGAGUUGCUCUAACUCCUCAUCAGCUAUUCGCUAUAUCGACGGCCGUCGCAGUUCUCCCCACUGUUUGGCUCAGAAACCUGAGUUUGUUGUCAUAUCUUUCAGCUGGAGGAGUCGUCGCGUCAUUGUUGGUGGUCCUCUGCUUGUUUUGGGUGGGUGUGGUAGACGGAGUUGGGUUCCGACCGUCCGGGACUGCAUUGGAUCUCUCCAACCUCCCCGUCGCACUUGGCUUAUACGGUUUCUGCUAUUCAGGCCAUUCCGUUUUUCCUAACAUAUAUUCUUCGAUGAAGAGACGCUCGCAAUUUCCGGUAGUUCUGAUCUUCAGUUUUCUGCUAUGCACCAUUCUAUAUGCCGGAGUAGCUGCCGCGGGGUUUCUGAUGUUUGGUGAAUCCAUUAAGUCUCAGUUUACACUUAAUAUGCCACAACAGUAUCUAUCUUCAAAACUAGCAGUUUGGACGACGGUAGUAAACCCAUUCACGAAAUACGCAUUGACGAUGACUCCUGUCGCAUUGUGCCUGGAGGAGCUCUUACCUUCGACUCGGCAAUCUUAUUUGAUUGCAGUGUCAAUAAGAACUGCACUGGUUAUCUCAACUGUGAUUGUUGCUCUUGCUGUUCCUUUUUUUGGUUUUGUCAUGGCAUUACUGGGGUCUGUUUUUACGAUGCUAGUGGCUCUGAUUUUACCCUGCUUAUGCUAUCUUACAAUCCAGCGAAGAUCACUAAAUCUUUUACAGGUAUGCGUGUGCAUUGUGAUUAUAAUGGUUGGAGUGGUAUGUUCCUGCAUUGGCUCAUACUCCUCAAUUAAGCAGAUGAUUGAUGCCAAAAAGAAUUAGCCUUUUCCAUAAUCAUUUUUUUUAAUCUGUUGUACUUAAGAAGUGUCUAGUGGACAGAGUAAAAGUUAGCAUCAAAGCUGUUAAGUGAAUUAUGUAAACAACAAACGAAACUGCAAAAAAAAAAAAAAAAAAAAAAAAAAAAUUCCAAAGGAAUUUUUUAGAUGAACAUAAUCCCUGAUAUGAACCCCCAAGGAUGCGGUUCUUUUUAUAUCUUAUAAACAUUCUCUUACCCUCAUUAAUGUGGUAAGAGAAGCUUUCAUUAUCUUGAAGUUAAAAUAACCAUCUCUUUGAAGGGUUGUUUUUUCUUUCUUUUUUUUUUUUUUAUCUCGAGCAUAGUUUGAAUGAUGGCUACAGCGAUCUAAAUAAUACUGGUGCUUAUUAAAUUGCACUUAUUAUCUAUUCUAAACCCGAAAUAUGAGCAGGGAAAACAUUGCACAUGGAGUUGUUCCUCUCCACCAUUAAAUAACGUAGUGUUCCAUAACUACCUCUACCACUGUAGUAUACUAUUUGGUUUGUGAUCCGUAUCGAGUCCACA